AUGAUAUUUAAAAGGAAAAUAGAAACUGAAGCAAAUGAAGACAUUGCAAAAGAAAUAUAUGAAUGCUUUUCAUUAUUUGAUACAAAUAAAUGUGGUUAUAUUGACAUUAGGGAAUUUUAUUUCGCUUUAAAAUCUCUUGGCUUAAAUUUUAAAAAAGAAAAAGUAAAAAAAUUAUUUUUAGAAAUAAAAAAUAAUGUUGAUGAUAAAUUAAGCUUUGACGAAUUUUUUGACAUUGCAUCAAAGCAUAUAAAUACCAGAUAUAAUGAUGAAGAAGCAAAUAAUAUAUUUUCAUUAUUUGACCCCAAUGACACAGGGAAAAUUACUUUGAACUCUCUAAAGGAAGUUUGUAAUGAAAUAGGGGAGGACAUUGACGAAUCUGAACUUAUACGCAUGAUCGAAUAUGCUGAUAAAAAUAAUGAUAAAACUAUUGAUAAAAAUGAAUUUAAAAACAUUCUUUUUACUAAAUGGAAAAAUGAGCAGUUAAGUGACUUGGAUUCAGAUUAA